AUCAGAAUGUGGUUAAUGAAACUACUCGUGCUUUGAUGCUCGAUAAUUUAAAACGAAAGCGUUCAACUAUUAGGGGUUUAUUAACGAGAACGCUUAAUAAGAUUAACGAGCAAUUAUUUUAUAUCGAUGAUUUAGAUCAGUUAGAGGCAGAAGUAAUUUCGAGCCAAGAAAUAAGAGAAAAAAUUAUAUCUUCUAAAACAAAAAUUAAUGCAUGUUUAAAAUCAGAGUCAGCUAUAACGAUAAAUAAUGUACCCUCGGUAUCAGAAGCUGUAGCGAUAAAUAAUGUAUCAAAUGUACGAAACGAAGCGAGUGUCCGAUUGCCAAAAUUAACGUUGGAACCAUUUGAUGGUAAAUAUGAAAAUUGGCAGGAGUUCUGGGGACAAUUUGAGGGAUCCAUUCAUGAAAAUAGUAAUUUAUCUAGAACGGAUAAAUUUAGUUAUUUGAAAUCAUUUUUGAAAGGGUCUGCUUUAGUUUCGAUUCAGGGUUUAGCGCUAUCAGAAACGAAUUAUGAUACUGCUAUAGAUCUCCUAAAAAAAAGAUAUGGUCAGAAAGAUAUUAUUGUUAGAUCUCAUGUAAAUAAAUUAUUAAAUAUGCAUCCUGUUAAAUCAUGUACCCAGUUAAAAGAAUUGCGUCAAUUGUGUGAUAUUUGUUAUGUUCAGGUUCGUUCCCUCGAAUCGGCUGGAGUAGAAUUAAAUAGUUAUGGGAGUCUUUUGUUUUCUAUUUUAUUGAAAUUAAUGCCUGAUAGUAUAGUUUUAGAUUAUAAUAGGCAAAAUAAAAAUGACAUAUGGGACUGCUUUAAACUUUUGCAGUUUUUAAGAGAUGAGAUUGAAAAUAGAGAAAAAACCCAGCUAUUUCGAAGCUCGAACGAAGAAAAAAGUGAAUUAAUUAAGAAGUACGGCGUCAAUAAAGAUCAUAAUUCAUGGCGCGCCUUUUCGAAACCGAAAACAAAUCCUGCUGCAUUGGCAUUAAGCAUGGGAGAAGAAGGGGGAAAGGAAAUUAGAUGCGUGUUUUGCGAUUUUCAAA